AACAAAAGCCCAAAGAAAAAAAAAAUGUUCAAUUGAUCUCAAUGUUCAUCGAAGCCAACAAGUCAUGUUGCUCACAAUAGCUCCAAAUUCCCAUUCCAAAACAUGGCAAUCCACCAAUUCCUCAGACUUACAAUUCUUUCCUCUUCCAUCCAAGAUUAAAACACAGCCCUCAAUAAUAAUUCCAAAAGCCUAUAAUGGAGAUGACAAUUCAACAGAAUCAUCAGCAGGAAAAAUCAAACGCAUGGUUCUUAGUCAAGAAGGAAGAACCAAACUUAACAUUUCACCAGACAGGGAAUUUUAUGCCUACCCAAGAUUUGUCACACACGUCGAUGACCGCUUCAUUUCCAACUUAACAAAUCUUUACAGGAAAUGUUUGAGGCCUGAAUUUGAGAUUCUUGAUCUUAUGAGUUCAUGGGUGAGUCAUUUACCACAAGAAGUUAAGUACAAAAGGGUGGUAGGUCAUGGACUUAAUGCCCAGGAGCUAGCAAAGAAUCCAAGGUUGGAUUAUUUCUUUGUGAAGGAUUUGAAUAAAGAACAGAAACUUGAGUUUGAAAAUUGCAGCUUCGAUGCUGUUUUAUGUACGGUCAGUGUGCAGUAUCUUCAACAGCCUGAGAAGGUUUUCGCAGAAGUAUUUCGAGUCCUAAAACCAGGAGGAGUGUUUAUUGUAAGUUUCAGUAAUAGACUGUUCUAUGAGAAAGCAAUUAGUGCAUGGAGGGACAGUACAGGGUAUGGCAGGGUGCAACUUGUGGUACAAUAUUUCCAAUGUAUUGAAGGAUUUACACAGCCAGAGGUAAUUAGAAAAUUACCAACUGAUGAUGAUCAAGAAAAAAAAUCGCCUCUGAGUUGGAUAAUGUCGUUGAUAGGAUUGUUAUCAGCUUCAUCUGAUCCCUUUUAUGCAGUUGUAGCUUAUAGAAACUUCAAACCGGUGUAUGAAUAAGUUUGUAUCCCUACAUAAUUAAAUUCAAUUUGUAUUAAAAUUUAAACCUGAGCAUAUUCUUGUGUAGCAGUUUAAUUUGCUACAUGACACUAUCUUUAAUUAGUAACCACAAA